AUGUGUGCCAUCUUUCGAGGCCUACGUCGCGUCGUAGACUUGGCACCGUGGUGUGUCCAAAAGUGUCUGGAGCUUGUUUACUUGCUUCAAAUCGAUAGAGAUUAUGAAUAUACGUCACUCUCGACGAUGAUACCCCACGCCCCGACAUUUCCUCCGGAGCUAUGUGACAUGGUGAUUGAUUACUUGUAUGAUAACGAAUCCGCCCUCGAAGCAUGCUCUCUCGUCUGCCGUGCAUGGCUCCAAUCAACCCGCUAUCAUUUAUUCCACACAGUUCGCACGAGAGAAAGCAUCGAGGGUCGCGGAGCCUCUAACUUGUCGCGCAUAUUAAGCAAGCGUCACGCGAAGGGUAUUCUGCCAAAUAUCCAUGAAUUGCGCAUUUUGGCGUCGGAUAGCGCGGCCAGAACGGAGCUCAGGCCCCCCAUUUAUUCCCCCAAGGUCUCCACGCAGGACGUGGUUCGACUCAUCUCGCAAUUGCCUCGCCUCCAGACAGUGGAGAUUUGUGGAGUGGUAUUGGAUGGCAGAUACUGCAAUCGGGGGAAAUCAGUAACUCCUAUCAGCUUGGACACACUGCGCUUAGACAGAAUUUGCUGCAGGAACAAUCUGGUGGACGACCUUCUCAGCAUACUACGCCCUUUUUCUGACAUCCAACAUCUGGAAGUGAAGACCAUAAAGUCCUCAUACUGGUACUUGGAGGAGAGCGAAACGCGUGUAGAAGAAACGCUCAACAAGGUCUCUCAGGUCCUCCCACCCCAUCUGCGAGUCCAGACGUUGGUUGUGCGGAACUGCACUUUGGGCUGCUUGCUCUUAUGCGAUAUCAUGCGCAAGACACCUUCCGUCCAGACGCUACAAAGGCUGGAUCUGCGCAUUGAGUGCUUGGGAGACAUCACCGCACUCGGAGCAUUGAUCAAAGCGACCGGCGCGAAUUUCCGCACUUUGUGUCUUGACAUAUCCUCCCUUAAUUGGUCAGCUGAUGUGUUUGAUUGGAAGAAACUGAAUCUCACAGAUUGCCCAUCUCUCGAAGCCAUUCACGGGAUGUACGUUGGACCGAAAUUUUUUCACAAUACAUCAACUUCAUACCUCAAUUUACUCUGCACCGUGAACCCCAGCUCGCUUUCGCUGCUCACCUUCCGCUUCCGUGUCAAUAACAGCCUCUCUGAUCUGAAGGCGGUGGAUUGGAAACGAAUGGAGAUGGUGCUAAGCAGGUUCCGAAAGCUGGAGAUGGUCGGCUUGUGCGUUCAGGACAAUCGGAUCCCGCCUCAGAACGAGAUGGUGGAAUGUUGGCAACUGCUGAAACGACUGCUCCCCGGGCGGGGGCAGAGGGGAGUACUGAACUUCCAGUACAGUUCUCCUGUCGUUGCGACAGAUCAUUGGGUCCCUUUGUAG